GUGUCAGUGUUUGGAAUAAAGGUCCCUUGUACCCACGUCAUGUGUUCCAUAUUCUAUUUAGGGUAUUUUCAAGUUUUUUUGUCAUUUCUCGAAAGGCUCAAAAUAGGAGGAAGUGGAAAAAAUGGCUCAACAGUUGCAGGAACCAGUGUUUUAUCGCCAGUCAUUCCAUUUUCAAUGGUUCUUCUUCCAGCUAUUGUAAUAUACCAAAAAUCCAUUCAAGAUAUAUAUCAAAACCACCCAUCAUUAUAUAUACUUUCAUUUGGUUUGGUGGCCGCCAAAGUAACCAAUAGACUUGUGGUAGCUCAUAUGACGAAAAGUGAAAUGGAAUAUACAGAUUGGUCUUUGAUGGGACCAGCAAUGUUGAUUUGUAAUCAAUAUUUUAACACAUUUAUAGAUGAAUACUAUAUUUUGUGGUUAUGUAUGAUAUGGGUUUCCAUCGACCUCAUACGAUACUGUCAUCAGAUUUGCGAAGAAAUCUGUGAUUAUCUUCAUAUUGAAUUAUUUAGAAUUCCAUAUCCCUCAGGAACAUCAAAAAUGUCUUCAGCUUCACCAUUAGCUACUGAAACAAAUGGUAUAGGCAGUUUUUUUUCUGUAUGAGAUGGUAUAAAGGACUAUACAAGGAUGCCAACGGUAUAUAAAUUGUACUAAAUUCCUCUAUGAGUUGAUCAAUAGUACUAGGUGUACAUAGGCUAAUAAAGAGACAUUUCAAUUAUUUUAUUACAAGAAUUGAAUAUUUUCUUCUCAUUAAAUGUAUAGAGGAAUUUAAGAUAUUAAUAGGCAGACUACUUACAGAUGAUUUAAAAAUUUGGCGAAUAACUCCUAAAAUAUAGAAAGUUGAAAAUUGUUGUGAUGAAUUUGGUCAUGAGCAUAAAAUUGAAAUGGUAACAUGUUGAAAUUUAUUAUCAAUACAAUUGCAUUGAUUACUUGACAUUAUUUUGCCAUCUUAAUUUAGCUCUAUCGUUUUUCUCCUUUUAUAUACAGUUAGGAAUAUCUUCUCCUUACUCAUUACAAUUAUUUCAGGAUGCAUUGAAUCUACUCUAUAAACAAGCAAAAUUGUAUAUUAUAUUUGUACUAACAUUUCAUAUUGUAUAGUAUUGAGGAACAAAACACUACACGGAGUUCAUGUUUCUCACUUGUUUUUUAAAAAUGACAUUUGUUUUUUAUUUGAUAAUUGAUUUGCUGAACUUGUUUCUGCUCAAGAGAAAUCAAAAAUGUUGUAUUAAAUGUUGAAAUGAGCCAAAUUCCACAAAAAAAGCACAAGUUAUAAUAAAUGAAAUGUUUCGAAAGUGUUACUAUCAUUAAUAUCAUGUUGAUGUUUGGAUAUUUACAAAAUUAUUUGGUUGAAUAGAUUCCUCCAGGAAACAAGUUGUUUAAUUUUUGUUAAUUCUAGUAGAUAAAUAUCCUUUAUAUAAUAAAGGACUAUCUUGAAAAGCA